UCCAGCUUCGACGUCACAGCCAAUGAGACUCGGACUAUUCAAAAGCUCUAGCUUCAAUGUGCGCAUCGAUCUUCGAGAUGUGAAAGGCGACCAAUUGAUGAUCUGGGAGAAUGAAUUGUAGUCUCCGGAGAUCAAGCAUACUACUACCACGGGGUUUAAAAGUGGUAGGAGGAACAAUAAGCUCAACGUCAGCGGUACGGCGAUCAUACGCCGUCCAAGCUUCGGCACCUCCCGUCCACCAGGUCUUCAACCGCCGCACGAAAUGGCUGCAGAAGGAGCGUGCCGCCGCCGAUCUCCAAAAUAGCCGGGUGUCCGACUAUGUUAAAGAUGAGGUAGCCAUCCGGCUAUGCAAUAGAUUACUAGACAUCAAGCGCAGCUACCCCGAAGUCCUCGACCUCGGCGCAAACUCCUGCAACAUCGCGUGGGCCCUCUCCCGCCCCAACCCGGAUCCCGAUAGCCCAGAGCCCGUCACCGAACCCAUAGCCACCCGAAUCGGGCACCUUCUCGCCGUCGACUCCUCGCAGACCAUGCUACAUCGAGACGUAGACCUCCCCUUCAAUGAUCAAAUCAAUAUAACGCGGCAAGUGCUCCCGGACGAAGAGACCCUACCCUUUGCCGCGAACACAUUUGAUUUGGUGCUCAGUUCGUUGAGCAUGCACUGGAUCAACGAUCUGCCCGGAGUCCUGGCGCAGAUCAACAACGUUCUGAAGCCGGACUGCGCGUUCAUGGGCGCCAUGCUCGGCGGUGAUACGUUAUUUGAACUACGCACGUCGCUGCAGCUCGCGGAGAGCGAGCGUCGGGGUGGCAUAUCGCCGCGGGUGUCGCCGCUAGCGGACGUGCGGGACGUAGGCGGGCUAUUGCAGCGCGCCGGGUUUAAGAUGCUGACUGUGGAUGUGGACGAUGUGGUUGUGGAUUACCCCAAUACGUUCGCAUUGAUGCAGGAUCUGCGCGCUAUGGGUGAAGGGAAUGCGGUGCUGGGGCGUGAGAUGGGCGCGAUUCAGAGGGAUGUGCUAUUAGCUAAUGAAGCUAUAUAUCGUGAGCUUCAUGGUAACGAGGAUGGGACUCUGCCGGCUACCUUUAGGGUUAUAUAUAUGAUCGGCUGGAAGGAGUCUGCGGAUCAGGCUCAGCCGCUGCCGAGAGGCAGUGGAGAGAUUAACUUAAAGGACUUUCUGGAAAAGAAGUAGUUAUACUCGAAUCUAGGUAUAUAACGAAUUAAAGAAUCAAAGAAGGGAG